CGGCUCGUCUCCGUUCCCUUUCGGCAGUUCUCUUCUUCUUCUUCCCCUAGAGGAAGAGGAGGAGCAGAGGAGGAGCGCAGCCGCGAUGGACCGCGUCCAGCUCGUGCUCCUGGGCCUCCCCAUCCUCCUCUUCUGCUCCGACGUCGUUACCCUCUUCGCGCCGCUGCCGCCGGCGGCCCCCAAACCCGACCACCAGUCGGGCUCGACCCCCGACGCCUUCCAGCCCGGCGACCCCUCCGCCGCCGACGCUUCUGCACAGGCGGAGCCGCAGGUGGAUGUACCUGGCUCCGGUACCACCGUCGACUUGAAAUUUUGCGCCUCCUGCUCGUACAGGGGGACUGCAAUGACCAUGAAGCGGAUGCUGGAAACCUCAUUUCCUGGGAUUCAUGUUGUGUUGGAAAAUUAUCCUCCACCAUUCCCCAAACGUGCACUCAGCAAAGCUGUUCCUCUUCUUCAAGUUGGAGCCAUGGCAACACUAAUGGCUGGUGAUCAAAUCUUCCCUAGAUUCGGAAUGGUUCCGCCUCCAUGGUACUACUCACUGCGUGCUAAUAGAUUUGGAACCAUGGCAUCAAUCUGGCUGUUUGGCAAUUUUGCUCAGUCAUUUCUACAGAGUUCUGGUGCCUUUGAAGUUUAUUGCAAUGGACAAUUGGUUUUCUCAAAACUGUCUCAGCAGAGGUUUCCCAGUGAGAUUGAGCUACAGGAGCUCAUCGGCAACAGGAUACUGGAUCCUCAGGAGCUCAUUGGUGACAGGACACCGGAUUCUCAGGAGCUCAUUGGUGACACGAUACCAGAUUCUCAGGAUGAGGAAAAUCUGGAAAAAGAUCUGGUCUUAGAUGAUGAACUCUAGGCUUUAUUUUCCUCACUUAUGUACAUUUUAGACCAUGUCUAUGUAAUAACUGAAGCAGAUGCCAGGCUUGCGCCCAACUCCCUGCAGACUACCGGAGUUUGCACAGCCUGCUAACGAGUAUGCUCGCUCGGUUCAGUAACCUGGUUCAGAGGAGCAUGCGGAACGCAGGUCAACUAUACAAAGACCGCAAAGUACUGGAGUAUCUCUAUUUAUGAACAUGGAGUCAUAAAAAAUGAUGUAGCAAGCAAUAUAAAAUAUAUAUCGCGGCAUUUUUAUUUCAAA